AUGGAACAUGACGAUGGAUUAUCGUAUACUAUUGUCGAUGGAUCUAUGGCGGAGGUUAUUAUACCAUAUAGAGACUUAGAGGAUGCGUAUGCUAAUGAAGGUCUCUCUGAUAUGGAGGAAGCUCUUCGAUUAGAUGUGGAAGAUAUUGAAAAGGAAUUAAAUAGUAGGGACAUGGUAGUUGAUGAUGGAAGUGAUAUAACAAAUGGAAAUAUAGUAGAUCAUGUGUUUGUGGAUGAACCAAGUGAGAAUGGUGAUGGGGGAGAAAAUUUGUUUGUUGAUGAUCCAACGGAACACUUUGACAAUCCUGUUGAGCAUAAUGAGGAACUAUGUAUUGGGAAGUAUUUUGCCAAUGCAAACGCUGCAUAUGAAUUUUAUAACAAUUAUGCUCGGAAUAUGGGAUUUAGUGUUCGGAAAUCUAAAGUGGAGAGGUCAAGGAAAAGGAAAGAAGGAAUGGACGUGGAUGGGGAUGUCUUGUCUCGCAUGUAUGUUUGUAGUAGGGAAGGUUUUAAGGAUUGCAAAGAUAAAAGACAAGAAGGGAAAGAUGUUACUCGUCGAGCUGAUAGUAGAGUUGGUUGUCCUGCUCGUUUGCGGGUAAAAUCAAUUGAAGGGGGCUUGGUUGUUGACCAAUUUAUUUCAGCCCACAACCAUAGCCUCGUGGAACCCGCUGAAAUUUAUCGGCUUCGCUCACAUCAAUGGCUCUCAGACUUGGUUGUACAGAUUGCAAACACUCUAGAUGAUUGUGGUAUUGGACCGGCAACUAUUUAUGAGGUUGUGAAAUCUAUGUCUGGUGGGGCCUCCCAGGUGGGUUUGCCAGAGUUGGCAUUUAAGAAUUUUAUGAAGAGACAAAAUCAGAAGUUUCUUGGGAUGGACUUAAAAAAGUUAAUAGAAUAUUUGCACCAUUCCAAACUGUGUGAUCCUCAAUUCUUUUGCAAAAUGGCUACAACAGAUGAUGGUACUAUACGGGGUAUCUUUUGGGUUGAUGGGGCGGCGAGGGCUGCAUAUCAUGUAUUUGGGGAUGUAGUGGUAUUUGAUACAACAUACAAGAAGAAUCGAUAUCACUUCCCGUUUGGUCCCUUUACCGGAGUAAAUCAUCAUGGUCAAAGUAUUUUGUUUGGAUGUGGGUUGGUAGCUGAUGAGACAAUUGAGUCGUUUAUUUGGUUAUUCUCUACGUGGUUGAAAGCAAUGGGGGAUCGACCACCAGUUGCAAUUAUUACAGACCAACGUCCAUCAUUGUUGAGGGCCAUUCCACAUGUGUUUCCUAGGGCAAAGCAUAGGUAUUGCUCUUGGCAUGUGCAAAAACAUUGCAUGGAACACUUGAGCCAUUUGUAUGGGACGAGUCAGUCAUUCAAACAGGAUUUUGGGAGGUGUAUAUACGGUAGUGAGACGGAGAUUGAAUUUGAGACACGUUGGCAAGAGUUAUUAGUAAAUUAUAAUCUCGUUGAACAUGCAUGGCUGAAGAAAAUGUACGAGCAACGGGUGCAUUGGACUAGGAUUGACACCUCGUUAAUGGAAGUACAUGGUCAAAAGCAAAAAUAUUUGGUGGGUCCCUUUGAUGUUCCCGAAGAGUAUAAGUGUGAAGUUUGGUUUGACCUUGAUGCCGGUGUUGUCACUUGUAGCUGUAAAUUGUUUGAGUUUAUGGGUUUGUUAUGCAAACACAUCUUGCGAGUCUUCCAUAAGACGGACCUCAAGGAGAUACCUUCCCAAUAUCUCCUAAAACGGUGGACCAUGGAUGCAAGGCAUUAUUUGUCGAGUCACAAAGAAGUAAGUGAUGGAGGUUUUGGAUCGAUAACAAGUAUGUGGGCUUUCCAAGAUGCCGUUAGGCGUUUGAUAGCCACAAUCGAUGGUUCACAAGAGAAAAUCUUACAAGCAAUGGGUGAAUCCAAUUCACAAACUUUUGGUGUUGACCCACAACCCUCUGUCAAUGCUACACAUGACCUAUAUCGUAAUCUCCAUAUUCCUAUGGAUGUGGUUACAAAGGGUCGGCCUAAUGAAAGUCGUAGUAAACAUCCAAUGGAGAUGACAAGUGGAAGGAAGAAUAGAUGUGGCAACUGUAAGGAGUUAGGGCAUAACAAGUCCACUUGUAAGAAGGUAGUAUCAGCAUCGGCAAAUGAUUUCAAUGGCCAGUGCAAUGAAGAAUAG